AUGACGGAAACCGAGACUAAACCAGUCGCCCAGUCCUGUGCAGAUCCGACCCACCAUGAGCGCCCGGGACGCGGGGUUGUCCUUUUCGGCAUGGAUGCGUGUAGUGGUCGUGGGCAGCAGGAGAAGGAACUCGGGGUCAGGUGCCGGGCCGCCGCAAGCGGGCCUUGGUUGCCUGGAGCGGCGGACGGUUUCGAGUCCAUCCUCUCCCCUUGCUACCUUGUUCAGCGCCAUCAAACCACGAGAAAUCGAAAUACCAACGCAGACAUGUCCAUCGAGCUACACGUCAUGACUUGCCUAAGCUGCGGCGAGGACAUUCUGCUAGCACGACAACGGGGACGAGUCAUGGACAGUGACGACGAAGGGGAGGUAGGAGAGCACGAGGUCGUCGUCGUCGUGUCGGGCCUCGUCUUUUGUGACGAAUGCGUCAAGGGUGACUCGGAGUGCGAGUGGGAUGCGGCGGGUGGGGGAACGACGCGGGUACAUGAUUAUUGGGGGAAACGUCAUCGUGUUGGUGCGGGAGACACGGGCGAUGGAGACGGCUACCUUGACGUGGGGAGGGUUGGUGAACUGGCGGGUUGUGUUGAGGCGAGAUAG